AUGACUUAUAGGCCGUCAUGUGAGGCAGAAAUACAGCCUGUGGAGAUUCAAGCGCCUACAUGGUCAACACACGGUCGAACAAAGCAUCAAAUUACUACAGCCUGUUCGCCACGAUUGUCGUAUGAAGUGACAGGAAAUUUGUUUGUCACUGGUGGAUGUUUUGCGUUUGAUAAUGUUUUGAUUAAUCCUUCGUUUUUGGGGGCAUCAUCCUGCCUUAAUAUCCCAGAAGCGUCUCGUUCAAUCGACCUCCGUUUCUGCUUGGAUGGUGCAUCAUCAGCAUACUUCCAUAACACUUACACCGACUUAAUUGUGUCUGGCAGAAUCGGACUCGUGAACAACGUUACGAAAUUUAAUCCAGUGAGAAAAACGGAUAUAGCCUAUGUAGGUGACUACAGUCUCUUGGGUUCCUCGUCAGUGCUUUCAGACCGAGUUUACAGUUCAGCGUCAGACUCGGAGAGACCAAUCGUUUCUGUGUUUGGUGCACCAGGAGUACCCCAAACUUGGGAUAGAGAAGGAUCCGGCUUUGUCGUGCUGAAUGUAAUUGAAAAGGGUCCGAACCAGAUUGUUAUUCCACAAGUCAAAGUUCUCCAUGGCAACCGAUUUGGUUCUCGAUUUGGUCAUGCCGUGGCUUUGAUUGAUUUGGAUUGCGACGGGUGGGAUGACCUUGUGGUUGGGGCGCCGUUUGAACAGUUACCGGGUACAAGUGUGGCACUCCAGCGGGACCUCGACUUGCACAGCGUACAUAGUGCUCCGGUCUUUGGGUGCAUCUACGUCUUCUGGAACCAACGACGCCACCUGCCUAGCACCACCGCCUUCGACUCCACCAGUGUGCAGGUUAUUUGGCCACCUCCGAGUCUCUCCUUCAAGAGCGGUUUUGGUAGCUCUAUCACCAGUCUUGGCGACAUUGACCACGACGGAAUUGAUGGUGAUGUCCAUUCUACUUCACUGAUGACCCUGCUUGCGGCGCGCUGCGGUCUCAAGAAGUUGUACCAGGUCAUGCUCAGUGUGUCGAUUUCGCAGUUGGAGCUCCUUAUGACGAAGGCGGCGGCGCCGUUCUUAUUUACCACGGCUCCAAAUCCAGGCGGAUCGGCGCCCCAACACAGAAUACAGCCCCCUCCAGGAUCACCGGCGGCAACGGGAGAGGGAGGGCUGACUGGGGCUGUGCGCCGAUUGCAGGCCACUCGCUGCCAAAUGCGAGGGAAAAUUGAAACUGACAAGCUGAACGGCGAGCAAUACAUUACCGACAUUCUCAAUGCCACAGAGCUGACAGACUCCAUGGAAGGAUUCGGCUUUUCCCUCAGCUCGGGUGGGCUGGACUUGGACAACAACGGCUAUCCCGAUUUGGCUGUGGGAGCUCCCAAUUCUGAUAAAAUUGCUGUCUUUCGGGCUCGGCCUGUCAUUAAGUUGGAGAUCUUCGUGCUGCGCGAGGAUGGAUCGAGUCACAUUGGAGAAAGGCUGGACUCACUAGAGGUGUGCACAAGAGACACGCAGAUCCUGCCCGGGUACUGGGCCCCCCGAGUGCACUGCAUGAAUAUGAAGGUCCUCGCCACCUUCACUCACCUCGACCCGGUGCCUUGUGCAAGGAGGACGAUUCCCGUGCGUCUGUUGUUGACCAUCAACCCACCGGAUCACUGGCUGAACGAAGAAUUCACGAACAAAAACUCAUCGAAGAUGGAGAUCCCAGUAGCGAGUUUCUUCGGAGAGCAAGUGCUGAAGGUGGGUGAUCCCGAGGUGGGCGAGUUCUACCGGCGCAGCUACGACGCCGCAACGCCGCCUGCUAAUUCGGACGAGGUGCUCCCCUUUCUCCUCCUCAAUUCCCUGAUGGCCGUCUGUCGCGAGCCCGGUGCUACCAACAAGCCUCCUAGCCCCGCCGAACUGGAUCAAGCCACCCCCGUCCGGCUAGCCUUCCGCGACGUCGAUUUGGUGGACCUCUCCUCGCCCAUUCGGUUUGGCGUAAAGUGGCUGCUGGAUGCUCCCUCGCCAUCCUCCCCCUUCGCUGAUCUCAUAAACUAUCCCAUUAACAAUCCAAGGGAGAACACUGGCCAAUCCUUGAUCACAUUUGGUAACGAGUGCGAAUCCCGAAAGUGCAAUCCAAUCCUACUUCCACAGUUUGAGUACUCAGUUACGAGAGACAGGGACGGACCAGUUGUGCUUGUCGGUGACGACGAAUUUCAGUCGGUCGAGGUGAAGGCCACCGUGACCAACAGAGGCAGGGACCCGAGCUAUGCAACCAGCGUGUACGCCUCUUACCCUGAGGAACUGCUCGACCUCAGUACUAACCCGCACGAACUAAAUCAUCGUGCGAGCCUCGUGAGACCGGGUUUGGCCCUGUGUCACUUCGGCAACCCUCUAUCCGUUGGCGAAGGGGCCACCUGUGCCCUUCGCUUCAAAGUCCUCGGUCAGCAGCUGAUGAAGGCUCCAAAGAACUUCACUAUCAACAGUACCAUCACCUCAAGCCCAAAGUUUCCUCCAAAGAUGCUGGCUCCUGCUACUGAUUCCAUAACAGUAAAAGUGAAAAUGAGCGUCAACGUGUCAGUUACGGGUGAAAUACUACCGGACGCUGCUUACUACUCGGGAAAUGUGACUGAUGGGAUUCUCAUUAACAAUGGGGAAAACAAAAUCGGCUCUACACGCCUCCUUAUUCGAGUUCGAGUUCAAAAUUUGCGGAAACACAGUCUGGUGCCAAAUUCCCGACUUAUUAUUGACUGGCCCUACGAAACUGCAGACAUUAUAACUGAAGAGAACGGGAAACUUUUAUUCUACCUUCUUGAAAAGCCUUACAUAACUAAAACUGAUCUACCGACAGCCUCUAACACAACCAUAGUGUGCGACUCGAGAGCUCUGGAUAGGCUUGUGAAUCCUUAUAACUACCGGGUGUUUAGGUCCUUAGCACCUCAACCCCGAGGUGAUCCGGUAGCCACUGCACCAAUUGACCUGCCAUCGAGCCAUCCGACAGAAUAUCCCCCACUUAAAUCCAAUCUGGAAUUUGAAAAAAUGCCUGACCAAGGCAACGUGAAACGAGUUAGCACAACCUUGAGCUGCUAUAACGGACAACUGCGCUGUGUGCCGAUUGUGUGCGACCUCGGUCCCCUGUCGUACAGGACAGGUAUACUAACUUUUGAGAUGCCUGCACGUCUAUGGGACAACACAAUGCGCCAAGAUUUCAAAGAUAUCUUCAUGACCUCAGUCCAAUUAACAGCAACCUGGAGGGCCAGUGUUACUUUCACAAUAGAUGCAGGAGACAAAGACCAUACCUCCGACAAUCUUGAGCUCAAAAUAUUCAAUGACAUGGAACCCGAACCCGUCUACCCAAAGAACAUGCCACUUUACAUUGGUCUCGCCGUCUUCGCAGGCCUCCUGCUUCUUGCUAUACUCAUCAUAAUUCUCUGGAAAGCAAAAUUCUUCGAAAGGAAGAAGUUCAAGCAACGAUUCCAACGGACGAAACCAACACCCAAAGAUUCAAAGUCGGGCGUACCGGAGGCACGGCGACUUAAUAUCUCCAACCCACCACCACCGCGACAGGCCUCACUCCACUCACCGCCUAUCUCGGCCUACGGCGACAUGAACGGCUAA